GUGGAGGCGGGAGUGAAGUCUCGCGAGAAGAGGCGGUUUCGUAGCGGAGCCCUCGGGCUGAGUGUCUGAGGAUCUACCGCCGGAUCCGCGGACGGUUUCCUGAGCCCGUUAGUGCCCCUGCCGAGACUCACGUCGCCGUCAUGUCCCGCUACCUGCGCCCCCCCAACACCUCUCUGUUCGUAAGGAACGUGGCCGACGACACCAGGUCUGAAGAUUUACGACGAGAAUUUGGUCGUUAUGGUCCUAUAGUUGAUGUGUAUGUUCCACUUGAUUUCUACACACGCCGUCCAAGAGGAUUUGCUUAUGUUCAAUUUGAGGAUGUCCGUGAUGCUGAAGAUGCUUUACAUAAUUUGGACAGAAAAUGGAUUUGUGGACGCCAAAUUGAAAUACAGUUCGCACAGGGGGAUCGAAAGACUCCAAAUCAAAUGAAAGCCAAGGAAGGGAGGAAUGUGUACAGUUCUUCACGCUAUGAUGAUUAUGACAGAUACAGACGUUCUAGAAGCCGAAGUUAUGAAAGAAGAAGAUCAAGAAGCCGGUCCUUUGACUACAACUAUAGAAGAUCUUAUAGUCCUAGAAACAGUAGACCGGCUGGAAGACCACGGCGUAGCAGAAGCCAUUCCGACAAUGAUAGAUUCAAACACCGAAAUCGAUCUUUUUCAAGAUCUAAAUCCAAUUCAAGAUCACGGUCCAAGUCCCAGCCCAAGAAAGAAAUGAAGGCUAAAUCACGUUCUAGACCAAACUGCAGCUGGAAUACCCAGUACAGUUCUGCUUACUACACUUCAAGAAAGAUCUGAGAAAGCGGAAAAAGAACCAAAGAAGGGCAGUUCAAGCGACCAAAGGGUGGGUGGAAGGUGCUGCAGUAUGAAUACUGUACGAAUAUUUUGACUCUGGUCUGAAAAGAUAAAAGAAUGUUAUCGAAACUACAUGGAAUAAUUGAAGUCCCUUCAAGUUUGAAAGUAAGCAUUUUAGGACAAAUAAAAGGAAAUUCAACUUUGUACUUGUGGAAACUAAUCCCUAAAUCUGAAUAGGUUUAUAUUGAUUCAUGGGUAACAGGUCCAUAAUAAAUGAUUGGAAACUAGGAUGUCUGACUAUCAAGGAAGACAGCCAUAGUCUCUCACAGUGCCUCUGUUGGUCUGUCUCAAACUGAAUUGGGUGAGAAAAGGUAUGGUCCAAUAUAAACUUUUUCUUGGUUAUCUCUUAAAGUCAGUUCCAUGUUCGCUAUUGGCAAAUCUUGCCUUUGUUUAUUCCAGUGCCAGUGUUUUUCUGCUUAAUGGUUUGCUUUGUUGGCAUCUAAGUUUAUUGACUUGUAUGCCAUGUGCAGUUUACAUCUUCCUUACACUCUUUCCCAGGUAAAUUCCAAUUCUGAUACUUGACAUCUAGCUAAGAGGGUCCAUCUCUUCUCACCUCUAUCCUAAGUCAGUAUAUUCAGCAAACAUUUAUUUACAGAGCCCUUACUGUGGGCAAAAAUUGUUCUGGGUAAUUGGGGAGAAAAAUAGAAAAUUCACUUAUUUAAUAAAUGUCUACUGAGCACAAUCUAGUGAAUCAUUACAGUACAGCCUCAUUGUUUUGAGGUGUAUUAUUCGUAAUUAUUUUACACCAUUCAUAUCUUAACGUAAUUAUAAGACCCAGAAUACUAUCAAAGAUAAUUUUGUGGUUAUCUGACAUUUAAAAGUAUCCAGUAUUUCUGUUUGCAUCCCAUUAAUACAAAUAAUGAAAAAAUGUUUUAAUCUGUAAUAAACUGAUUUAUUGUGCAGUGACUGUAAUAUACUAGAGUUAUAUUAAAUUGUUAACUCUGCCUCCUCAAACACAUAUUAGGCGAUAAUCCCAAAAAUAAGUAUUUAACUGCAUUAGAUAUAAAGGAGACUCUGGGUGCUAUAAUUAGAUUAUUUUGAGGCAGACAGAGAGCUGUUAUCCCAACUGAUUUAGUAUGGUUCUGUAAUUGAGAAAAUGUUCACCAGAUUAUACUUUUUAGUGAUUUACAUGUACAUUUUAUAGGGGACAUGUUCUGUGUAUAGUGAAUAAAUAACUUUUAUAGUAUCACAAAAAUGUUUUGGAUUCCUUAGUUCCUUAUUAGGAUAUGAAGUUUGUUAUACAUGAUUCUUCAUCACUCACAUUUGAGUUUUGUCAUAUUUCUGCCACAUUUUAGCUGCUUUCCGUGGGAAGUUACUCAUCUAAAAAUAUGGAAGUGUUUGAGCCUUUAUAAAAAAUUUUGAAAAUAUUGCACAUAACUACAGAAGAUAUGAAAUGGAAGUAUUUUUACCCGUUUGAUGAAAAAAUUUUUUGCAAACUUGCCUAAUAUCACAGCGAGUAAGUGGCAAAUUCUAGGUUGGAGUUAAUGGUUUUUUCAUGUGGUUCCUCUACUGCUGUUUUGUGCCUUUUUUUUUUUUAAUGGGAAAUUUUUUAUAACAUAAAAAAUAAUAUAAUGGAAUCUACAGUUCAUGUAGAAGGAAGAUUUAAUAGAUUUAUGGAAAAAUAUAUCAAAAGUUACUUUGUAAUCUUCCUGAAUGAAAAAAAGGUUCAAUAUAACCUGAGAUCUCACAACUAAUUGUGACAGCCUGUCUCCAUUCUGGCUUUCCAAAUUUCAGUCUCCUUCUAUUGCUUUUUUGACCAUACUGUUGUUUACAAACUCCUGAGAUACUUUGAAAAGGGGAAGCUAUGACCUAAGACAGCACAAAGAUAGUUGAGGAAUACUCUAAAUGGUAUUUCUACCAGGAAGUUAGAGCCGUUCUAAUUGAGAAAUGAAGAAAGCUGCCUAUUUGUUUUCAUUCAGCUAUUGACAUCUUUAAGACAUAGUUGCUAUGGAAAAGUUUCCUUCUCUUGGGUUUUUUCCCUCUGCCCCCCUCCUCCAACAGUGUUGGUUAUGUUUAUUGCAUUGUGUUUCUAUGUAUUUUCUAACAGUUGUUUCGCCCUAUUAAAGUUGGGAUUCUUUAUUUGGAAUAAAAAGGCAUGUAAAUUCCUUUUAUUGAUAAUUGACAGAGUAGCUUGUAAAGAAGUAAAAGGCCUUUGUGUGUAGUUUUUUGUAGAUCCCGUCUCUGAACACUAGAGUGAAAUAAACUGGUCUAGGAACUAAAAAA